GAGCAGCAUCAUAAAGGGACCUGUUUCAGAAAGUGAAAGCCAGAUCCAGCUGCCCUCCCUGAGCAGAACGGCACCAUUUUCAGGCUGCCAGCGCGCCCGCCCUCUGCGUCCUCCCCCUUGGCAGCAAUGAGCUCCUGCAACUUCACCCAUGCCACCUUCGUGCUCAUUGGUAUCCCAGGACUGGAGGAAGCUCACUUUUGGUUCGGCUUCCCCCUGCUUUCCAUGUAUGCCGUAGCGUUGUUCGGAAACUGCAUCGUGGUCUUCAUCGUGAGGACAGAGAGGAGCCUGCACGCGCCCAUGUACCUUUUCCUCUGCAUGCUGGCAGCUAUUGAUCUGGCUCUGUCCACAUCCACCAUGCCCAAGAUCCUCGCGCUCUUUUGGUUUGACUCCCGGGAGAUUACUUUUGAUGCCUGUCUUGUCCAGAUGUUCUUCAUUCAUGCUCUCUCGGCAAUUGAAUCUACCAUCCUGCUGGCCAUGGCCUUCGACCGCUACGUGGCCAUCUGCCACCCCCUGCGUCACGCUGCUGUGCUCAACAACACAGUGACAGUCCAAAUCGGCAUGGUGGCUUUGGUCAGGGGAUCCCUAUUUUUCUUCCCACUCCCACUGCUGAUCAAGCGGCUGGCCUUCUGUCACUCCAACGUGCUCUCCCACUCCUACUGUGUCCACCAGGAUGUGAUGAAGUUGGCCUACACAGACACGUUACCCAAUGUAGUCUAUGGUCUUACAGCCAUUCUGCUGGUCAUGGGUGUAGAUGUCAUGUUCAUCUCCUUGUCCUAUUUUCUGAUUAUACGGACAGUUCUGCAACUGCCUUCCAAGUCAGAGCGAGCGAAGGCGUUUGGGACCUGUGUGUCACACAUUGGCGUGGUCCUGGCUUUCUACGUGCCGCUCAUCGGCCUGUCGGUGGUGCACCGUUUUGGAAACAGCCUAGACCCCAUUGUGCAUGUCCUCAUGGGGGAUGUCUACCUGCUCCUGCCUCCUGUGAUCAAUCCCAUCAUCUACGGUGCUAAGACCAAACAGAUCAGAACACGGGUGCUAGCGAUGCUCAAGCUCAGCUGUGACAAGGACAUUGAAGCUGGAGGAAACACAUGACCCUCACCACUCUAUCCCCAUCGUCCUACGUGGCUUACUGUAGUAAUUCCAUCACACCUGCUUAAUUACAGUCGUAAGCACACUAGUGCUUCUCCCUGAAUGGGAUACUGAACUAAUGUAUGGUUUAUCUUCAUCGUGGACAUAAUGUGAAAUAAUCAAUGAACAUUAUGUGGU